GAAGCUGUGUGCUUGAAAUGCCUUGGAAUGGAAGCUGCAGACUGGUCAAGUACCUUGAAUACCUGACAGAUGAAGAGAUGAAGAAAUUCAAGCUGUUCCUUUCGCACUCUCUUCCCCGAGGACUCAUGGAAAAUGCUGGCCGAAUUGAGAUGGCCAUGUUAAUGGUUGAUCAUCAUGGGCAGCAGAAAGCAUGGGAUAUGGCUGUCAAUAUCUGGGAGAAGAUGGGUCUAACAGAGCUGUGGAAGCAAGCAAGGGGAGAAGACCCAUUGAUUUGUAACAGAAGAAAGUACAGAAGGCGCAUGAGAGAAAAGUUUCAGUUGCUGAGGGAUAGGAACUCUCGUCCUGGGGAACAUGCAAACUUACACCACCGAUUCACACAGCUCCUUCUUCUCCAGGAAUAUCGUCACAAGGAACAGAAAGAGCAUGAGCUCCUGGCCACUGGAUGGCAACAUGCUGAGAUAAUGAAGCAGAGAGGGCAGUUUUUAGUAGUGACAGCUUUAUUCGACCCUGAUGAGAAGACUGGAGUUCAACCACAGACAGUUGUGCUUCAGGGGGCUGCUGGUAUUGGAAAAACAACCCUAGCCAGAAAAGUGAUGCUGGACUGGGCAGAGGGAAACCUCUUUCAGGACAGGUUCAACUAUGUUUUCUAUAUCAGUUGCAGAGAAAUGAAUCAGUUGGUGAAAAGAAAAAUAAGUUUAGCAAAUUUGAUUGCUAAUGAUUGGCCUGGCUCACAGGUUCCCAUGACUGAGAUUAUGUCCUUUCCAGAACAAUUACUAUUUAUCAUUGAUGGUUUGGAUGAACUUAAAUUCCCCUGUGAUGAGCACAGAUAUGAUCUCUGUAAAGACUGGAAGCAGCAGUGUCCAGUGCACAUCUUCCUGAGCAGUUUACUGAGGAAAGCCAUGCUUCCUGAAGCCUCCUUAUUAAUCACUACUAGACUCACUGCUCUGGGGAAAUUUAGUUCCCUAUUGGAGACUCCAUGCCAUGUAGAGAUCCUUGGAUUCUCUGAAGAGGAGAGAAAGGAAUAUUUCUGUAGAUUUUUCAGAGAUGAGGAUUUAGCCCAGAAGGCUUUUAGUUCAAUAAAAGAUAAUGAAAUACUGUUCACCAUGUGCUUUGUCCCCCUGGUGAGCUGGAUUGUCUGUACUUCUUUGAAACAGCAGAUGGAGAGAGGACAAGAUCUGUCACAAGUUUCCCAAACUGCCACUUCCCUGUACAUGAGUUAUCUUUCUAACUUAUUUACCCCUGGUGAAAGAAUAUGUUCUAAUCAUACCUUGAGAGGUCUGUGCCAUUUGGCAGCUGAGGGAAUCUGGGGGAAGAAAAUCCUAUUUGAUGAAGAAGAUCUCAGAAGGCAUGGACUAGAGGUAGACAAUGUCUCUGCCUUCCUGGACAUGUAUAUUUUUCAGAAAGACACUGGCUGUGAAAAUUGCUAUAGCUUCAUUCACUUGAGUUUCCAAGAGUUUUUUGCUGCUGUGUUUUAUGCAUUGUGGGGAGAGAAGGUGGGAAGUGAGAGUCCUAUUGCUGCCCAUGCAAGGGUGAAAGGUAUCUUAGAAAAAUGCCAAGAGACUGGCUCCAGCUUUGUGACACUAACUGUGCAUUUCUUGUUUGGCUUCUUGAAAGAAGAGACAUCAAGGAAGCUUGAGGAAAUAUUCAGUUGUCAAAUAUCACAGGAAGUAAAAUUGGAGUUACUGAAAUGGGUACAUUCAGAAAUUGAGAAGUACCAAAAGUCUUCCCCUGAUGGACAACUGCUAGAAUUACUGUCCUUUUUAUAUGAGACUCAAGAUGAAGGGUUUUUGACAUUGGCAAUGCAUCAUGUCCAGGAGAUUACUUUAAAUAUUCGUACCAAUAUGGAAUUCUUAAUUUUAGCUUUUUGCCUUAAGCAUAGUCAUGAGGUAUGCAGAAUUCGCCUGGCUAUAAAGAUUUUCUUACCAUCAGUAAAAUAUCUCCAUUCUCUCCCUUACAGGCUGAGGUGUUCCCAUCUUUCUGCUUUCAGCUGGAGAGAUCUAUUCUCUGUGGUCAGCAGGAAUCAGAAUUUGAGACAGCUGGAUCUCAGUAGUAGUCACCUUGGAGAUUCAGCAAUGAUGAUACUUUGUUCAGAGCUGAGACAUCCACACUGUACAGUACAGAAACUCAGGUUGGAUGAUUGCCAUCUCACUGUUGCUUGCUGUCAGGAUCUCUCUUAUGCUCUUGGGAGCAACCACAGCCUGAAAAACCUGAAUUUAAGUGUUAAUUCUCUUGGGAAUGAUGGGAUGAAACUGCUCUGUAAGACCUUAAAAAACCAGAAUUGCAGUUUACAGGAGCUGAGAAUGUUCUGGUGCCAUCUCACAGACACUUGUUGUCAGGAUCUGUCAUCAACUCUCAUUCAGAACCAGAACCUUCUACAUCUGGACCUGGCAGGCAAUGCCUUGAAGGAUGAUGGAGUGAAGUUGUUGUGUGAAGCCUUGAAGCACCCACACUGUCAACUCCAGAUUUUGGUGUUGUGGAAAUGUCAUCUCACCUCUGUUUCUUGUGAAUAUCUCUCCUUUGCUCUCAUCAGCAACCAAAAUCUGACCCAUUUGGAUCUAAGUGGCAAUGACCUUGGUGACAAUGGGAUAAUGCUUCUAUGUGAGGCCUUGGGAAACCAGUAUUGUAGUAUAAAUUCACUGCAGUUGAGGAGUUGUGGUCUCACUUCUUCUGGUUGUCAGGAUCUCUCCACUGCUCUCAAGAAAAACAGAAGUGUGACCCAUUUGAACCUGGCAGAUAAUGCCCUGGGGAAUCAUGGAGUGACACUCCUCUGUGAGGCCCUGGGAUAUCCAAACUGUCUCCUACAGGAACUGAAGUUACAAGGUUGCAGUUUUUCUGAAGCUUGUUGUUGGGAUCUCUCCUCGGCUUUGAAGAGCAACGAAAAAUUAACUCAUCUGAACCUGGGGGGUAACACCUUGGGUAAUGAUGGAGUAAAACUUCUUUGUGAGGCCUUCAGGCAGCCAAGCUGCAGAUUGCAAGAAAUAAAGCUAUGGAGAUCCUGUUUCACUGCAGCAGGCUUUCUUCAUCUCUUUGCUGUACUCAAGAGCAGCCACAACUUGACUCAUUUGAAUAUUGCUGGAAAUACACUGGGGGAUGAUGAGGUGAAUCUAUUGUGUGAGGCUUUGAAACACCCAAAUUGCAACCUUCAGAAGCUGAUACUCAGCAGAUGGCAAUUAAGUGAAGAAGCACAAAGAAUGCUGGAUGACAUACAAGAGAGCCAUCCACAUUUGAAAAUUGAAUCUUCCAACUGAUUCAAUUCAAUAAGUGUUCAAAGAGUAAUUGAUGUGAACUAAGAUCCAUGCUAGUUGCUAUGGCAACAUUUGGAGAAAAACUACUGUGCAGUUGUCUAAAUUUUGUAUAUAUCCUAUGUAUUCAAAUAUGGAUUUACAAGAUUUCAGAUUUUUAAAUUAGAAAUUAAUGAAACUCAGGAAGACUUAGAUGA